GGUGGAAGUUCGUGGUUUCAAAAUAUAUUUCACUUAGAUCUUACUGUAUUAAAGAAGGAACACUCAUUUGACUAGCAUCUACAUUAUGGCAAAAAUGUGCCGCGUGUCUAUUCAUCUACUUAUUGGUGUCUUUCUUGUCCUGAAUAAUGCUGUUGAAAAUGAGGCAAUGAACACAAUAGCUACCAUGGAACCCACACCUGCUCCAGUUUCAAUGCCUCAUGACAACACAACCAAAUUCAAAGACACGUCAGAGUACUUAGAAGGCAACUUUACCUCUUCAAUCAAUGCAAACUCCACUUUUCUCUCUCAAAACACAACUGUUACCACUUCAGCUGAAGAUUCAGGUUCUCCCACUCCUCCUACCUCAAAAAAUCCUCACACCAGCAAUGACACCACACCAGUUCCACCAACCAGCACAACAAGCAAGAUUCAAUUACUCAGUACAACUAGCAAGAUUGCAAAAACCACCAGAACAAGCAAAACUCUGGCAACCACAACUAUUGUACCAGAACAUAGCUAUGGAUCAGCUUACAUAAUUAUCUUGAUUAUUAUUGUUGUGCUCAUCUCUGGGAUAAUAGUUUAUUUCUGCCUCCAAAAAAAUACCAGGAGGUACUUCUUGGAUUUACAUCCCAAACAGGAAGAUGCUCAGAUCCCACUCAGCAUAGUGGAUGGAGAUGUGUUUGACUCCACUUCAGUGAAAGACAUGCAACCAUUUUGUCCUGCUGAGUCCAGCAUGCCAUUAAAGGGCCCUGAACCUGUGAAGGAUGAUGAAAAGCCUAGGGGAGAGAAAGAAACUGCUGAUGUUCAAACAGGACACCAUGAGAACUCUCAGGUCAAAGAGAAUCCAAAAGCAGAGGAGCUCACUGUGGUAGAUCUGACUGAUGGAGAGCUGGCCAUAUCUACUAAGACAUCAAUGGAAUCCCUAGAUGAGCCUCUAAAUGAAAACAACAGCAACAAUUCAAGAUUUGCAUGUGAGAAAGUCAAUGACUAUGGCCAUGAAUUCACUGAAAUCUGUCUUGAUGGCCUACUCUAGAAGAAAUCAGCACAUUCUCAACAUUUUACAACAAUCUCUGAACCUGAUAAAUGGAUUUUUGAACCUGGAAGUAUGUAAAUGAAUGUCUGUUGCAACAAGGAAAAAAUAACUCAUUUUCAUCAUCAUCAUAACAAUCAUCAAAAAUCAUUCAUUUGUAAGUUAUGAGUCAUUGUUUUAAUUAUGUUAGUUGCAUAUGUAUCUUAUCUGUUAUAUUUCAGUAUUUUAAACAUUUCAAAUUAGUGGUCGACCAAUAUGGGUUUUUUAUGGCUAAUGCUGAUAUCCAGAAAGCAGGGUGGCAGAUAUAUCACACAAUUUCAAAUAGUAAAUAACAUAAACAUAAUAUUGCUGAAAAAAGUUAUAAACUCUUAUUUAGCACUAUAUUUACUCAAUUUCACAAAAAAACUUUAACUUUGUAAAAAAAUAUCAAAUAAAAUAAUAUUGUAUUUGAAACAGUAAAUAGCAGUUCAUAUUAAUAGCAGUUUCUUCUGAUUUCUGUUUAGUCAUCAGAUUUUAGUAUGUUAGUAAUUUACUUGCACAUUGUUCAUAUAUUAGGAAUAAGGAAAUAACAGUACACACAGCAGUCCAGCAACCAUGGAUGACAUGUCCAGAAUCAAACCAAUUGUACAUACAGUAAAUAAGAUAUUUACUUAAAGCACACGUGAAGUGCAUUUACUUUGAUGUUGCACUCAUGCACUCGUGCAGAUCCAGCAUUAGCAGCAAUCUCCUGACAGUUUAAACGGCCUGGAUCGAAUAUUGGAUUGUCACGGACUGACCUCAUUAUUUGUGAAUCAGAAUCAGCUUUAUUGCCAAGUAUGUUUACACAUACAAGGAAUUUGUCUUGGUGACAGGAGCUUCCAGUGUACAACAAUACAAACAAUACCAAAAACAGCAGCAAGACAUAGGUAAUUAAAACAAAAAAGAAUACAAAAAUAAAUAAUUAUACAUAUACGUACACACACACACGUAGUGCAAAUCUAUUACAAUCUGUUAUAUAAAGAACAAAAAUACAGUAUUUUAUGUAGAGCACAAUGUAAGUAAUGGCAGAAGUGGAUAUGCUGGAUAAUAUAAAUAGACUUAAACUGUGUAUUGCACAUAAUUAUUGCUCAAUGGGACAAUUUAAUUGUUCAUUAGAUGGAUAGACUGAGGGAAAAAAACUGUUCCUGUGUCUGACGGUUCUGGUGUUCAGAGCUCUGAAGCGCCGGCCAGAAGGCAACAGUUUCCUCAAUUUGAUUCCUCAAAUCAGAGGAACUUUUGCUCCGGAUCCUGAAGUUUUGAUUCUGCAGAUGGUAUAUAAUCUAAGUUUUAUUUAUAUUUGCCUUUUAUCAUCAUAAAAUUUAUUUAAAAGUGAACAAAACCCUCAAGAAACAAAUCGGCCAAAUGGGAAAAUGUAUCGGGCGAUGCGAUAAUUAAAAAAGUCAAUAUAUCAGCCGAUUCAACAGACUUGCCGAUAUAUCGGUCAACCACUAUUUCAAAUCUAAUUCAUGCAGCUUUAAAAAGUAUUUUUUUCUCAUUCCAUUUAAGGUUACAUUUUCAUUAUGUUUCACUCAAUUUAAUGUUGUUGUACAUUUGAAUACAUUAAUUAAAAAAUGGAUGUACAUUUUAAGGUUAUGUAAAGAAUAUCUCAUAGUUUUGCACAUCUGCCCACAGUGCUUACAUUUUGCGAAGAGUUUAGAGUUCCUUUUUUGAUGUCUGUUACAUAUGCCAGAACUAUAAUGUUUUGGUAGGCCAUAUAAUUGGAUGUACAGUAGGCUAAUUCAUCUUCCAUCACUAUGCUUAUUGUGAAUUUAAAGUAAAAUUUGUCUACUGACUCUUUAUGCAUUAUAAAAUGCAUGCUCGGUUUUAAAUGGCCAUUGCCAUUUAAAACCAAUGCAUGCUCGGUUUUAAAUGGCCAUUAUGUUUUAUGAGCUGGUAUCAUUAUGACUGGUUUUGUUAAUUUGUAAUAAACUGUGCUUUCUUAAGUUUGUGUAUACACAGUCUUAAGGAAAAUAUUGUUGGCAGCAAAGUCUGUUUAUAAUUACUAGAUUCUUCCAUCCAAUGUCAUUAUAUCAGGUAAUACUCAACAAAAUGAUCAUGUGAUUAUAAAUGGAUUAUAUCAUUCAUUUUAUUUCAUAUAUACAGUAUUUCUUUAAAUUAAACAAUACUUUAUGUUUAAGCUAUAUUUUUGUAUCUAAUUGUAGAUUUGUAUUGUAAUGUCAUGCUCUUUUUUAUUUUAUUUAGCUUAUUGCUGCAGAUACAGUCCUACAUUAACUAUCACUACCACUGUUACUUAUCUGUGCUGUUGGAUCAAACUUUGUGUAAUAUUGAUUUGAGCAAGAAGAGCAUGUUCAGCCUGCAUGUAAUAAAACAAGUUUACCAAUAUUUUCACUUUGUGUUACAUUUUGAUCUCGAUAGUUAUUCAGUGCUUUACAAAAUGAAUUGCUCCAAGCAGAUGUCAAAAUAGAUGGCUAGUUAUGUCAUAUGCCAUGCACAAUAAAA